AAAAAAACCUCAAUAAUGGCUAAUCAAGAUUCAAAUGAUGAAUAUUAUUCAUAUUCAAAAUUGGAAAAAUUUCGCCGCUGUGAACGACAUUUUCGUUCAGUACAGGCUGUAUUGUUAUUGUUUAUGGUCGUUUGUUUUGUUUUUUACAUGAUAACAUUUGGCAUCGAUAUAGCAAAAUUUCUAAAUGAUCCACCAUUAUUAGCGGCAUCAUUAACCAUAGUUAUUGUGGCAAUGAUAUUUUUAAUUAUAGGCAUUCGUGGCGUUGCAUUCGAAUCAUUCUGUAUGGUAUUAUCAUUUACCAUCAUAUUCUUUUUGAUUACCAUUGCUCAUGGUGUUACAUUCAUUUAUCGUCAUCCGGGAUUGACUGCCACUAAUUUAGUACUUGCAUUAUUAUUAUUCAUCGGUGCUAUUAUCUAUCUUUGUUAUCUAUGUCGUAUGAAUCGUUUGAAACCACCAGAUUAUGGUAAAACAACAACCGGUGGUCGUACAGGAAAUGAUGCCGCUGAUGAUGAUGAUGAUGAUGAUACAGAAUCAAGUAUGGCAUUAACUAGUCCACAAACCGAUGCAACUAUUGAAAAGAUUGUAACAAAUGUUAAAAGUGGUUUCACCGAUCUAAAUCGUGGCUUGACCGAUUCUGGUGAACGUGAAUAUGGUCGUAUUAAACGUGAAAUGGGCAAUUUUAAAACUGGAAUUGAUGGUGAAGUAGAAACGGUGAAAAAAGAAUUUGCAAAUCUACAAACUGCUGCCGGUGAAAAUGUUGAAAAAGAAUUCAUUGCCGUCAAACGUGUCAUGCUGAAUGAAGCACAGACCAUUCGUGAUGGUGUUGAACGUGAAUAUGAUAAUCUACGUAUCGGUUUGAAUGAUGUUAAACGUGAACUUGGUGAAAACCUGCAACGUGAAUAUACGGUUGUUAAACGUGAAAUCAGUAACGAUAUGGAUCGUUUGGUCGGUGAUGUUAAAGGCCGUUAUGGAGAUUUGGAAAAAGAACUACGCGGUAGUUUUAAAAGUAACCUGGGCGAUAUUGAAAAUGAAUUUAAUAUAUUUCAACGAGAAUUUCCGGAUACUAUAGGUGCUGAUACUGGUGGUGGUGGUGGUGAUGGUACUGGUGGUGGUGGUGGUGAUGAUGAUGGUAACAAUUCAACAACAAUUCAACGUAUGGUAACCAAUGUUCGAAAAGGAUUCGAAGAAUUUAAAUCUGGUGGUGAAAAUGUUAAACGUGAAAUUGUCGAAGUUAAACGUGAUGAAUCAGGCAAUAUAACCAGCUAUAUUGAACGUCGUCUUACAGAUUCAGGUGUUGAAAUCUGUUCAGUUAGUGUGGAUAAAAAUCGUGCACCAAUAGCUAAUUUUACUAAUUCAUAAUUUUUGACAACAACAACAAAAAUUUGUAAUAAUCGUAUAGAAAAUUUUCAAAAUUCCUGUCACAUU